GGUCGUGGCGUUGCCAUGGCAACCAGCGACAAACACUGCCAAACGCUGUCAGUGAAUACGGCGAGAAACGAAGUCGACUUGGAGGAGUAUGCCCGAGUGAUGUACGACGAGACCGUCGUUGUGAAUGCAAGAGAAAUAGAAAGUCCUAGUUCUGAGGAGGAAGUGGAGGCGGUCAUGUCCAAAUUCAACCCGCCGGUGAGGCACACAGCGCGCCACGAUUUCGACUCCGACAGCGAAACCGAAUCGGAACCCGAUAAGUUUUUGGACAAUGCAUCCGAGCAUGAUCGGUCUCCAGAAAGAAACACUUCGCCGCCUCCAGAGAAAAUGGCCGAAGCAUCGAGAACGGUGACCAGGGAAACCAAAACCGGCGUCAGACAGUCAAUGAGGAAAGCGGAAUCAUCAAAUUCGGAAUCGGAUAGUGCUGAUCUAGAAGCUGAAAAGCCAGAUCCAGUCGCCGGGAGUGGAAGGAAGCGCGGCGGCGCUGGCGUCGUCAUCCCAGCGGAGGGCGCUUACGACCCCAAGCAAUUCCAGGACUUGAAGGUGCCGCCCGAGAUAGAGAACAUUUUCCAGUACAUCAUGAAAUACACCCCACAGAAAAUUGACAUAGAGUUCAAAUUGCAACCGUUCAUCCCGGAGUAUGUGCCCGCGGUGGGCGACAUCGACGCCUUCCUCAAGGUGUCCACGCCGGCGGCCAACGUGCGCGGCGGGCCGCUCUCCGAAAAUGUUCUCGAGCACAUUGACAAUUUAGGUCUGACGGUGCUGGACGAGCCCGCCGCCGAGCAGAGCGACUCUGCUCUUCUACAUUUGCAAUUGCGUGCCAUCUCGAAGACCAGCAGCGCCAAGUCGACUGUGCUGACGAAGAAGAUCGAGAAUGCGGAGAAGAAUGCAAAAGCAAUAGACCGGUGGAUCAAAGAUGUGAGCGAGCUGCACUUGUCCAAGCCGGCGCCCACUGUUACGUACACUGCUAAAACACCAGAUAUCGAUACAUUAAUGGAGGAAUGGCCAGAAUCCAUGGAGGAGACCCUGAACGAGGUGGGUUUCCCGCCAGCGAACCUCGACUGCACUUUAUCGCAGUACGUGGACCUGGUUUGCGGUAUAUUCGACAUACCCAUAGUUGGAAACACGCUGAACGCCAGGAUACAAGCCUUGCAUCUACUCUUCAGUUUGUACUCGGCCGUGAAGAAUUCACAGCUGUACGCCGAAAGACAGAAAGAGAAGGAAGAUAACGCAGCUGGAUAAGUGUUGUAAUAAUAAAUGUAAUAUUUUGUUAA